AGAGAGAGAGAGAGAGAGAGAGAGAGGGGGGGGGAGGGGGGGGAGAGAGAGAGAGAGAGAGAGACAGAGGGGAGAAAAAUAUCCCAAAACCACAAUCCAAAGCCAGCAAUUCCGGGGGAACACCAACAGCGCCACCGUUCUAUCAUUCUACGUUUCCUUCCCAAUUCUCAAAUCUCUCUCCCCCCCCCCGUUCGUCGUCCAGCACAUCGCUGUUCAGCGAUCUGACAGCUGUGCCCUUAUUUGGGGCCAUCGGAUCGCAUACUCACUGAAUUCUAGGGUUAUUUUUGGGUCUAGGGUUUGCUCAUGGAUUCAGAGGAUGAUAUGCACGACGCCAAUGACGCGGAGUCCCUGGAUGACUACUACAGCGGCGAUACGGCGGGGGAAUACAGCGACGACGACGAUGGUGGCGUCUUCGAGUUCAUGGACAAUGACUCCGAUGACUCCGAUGAUAUUAUCGCCAGUAGGCAGCAGAAAAAUUAUAUGGUCUUGAAGGAAGCAGACAUACACCAGCAUCAAGAGGAUGACAUUACAACAGUUUCCACUGUCCUCUCUAUAUCAAGAGUAGCAGCUAGCAUUCUACUCCGUCACUUUCAUUGGAGUGUGAGUAAUGUGCAUGAGGCAUGGUUUGCUGAUGAAGAUAGAGUUCGCGAGACUGUGGGGUUGUUGGAAAGGCCAGUUCUUGAAUUAGGAAAUGCUAAAGAAAUAUCUUGCGGGAUCUGUUUUGAAAGCUAUCCUCUUGACAGGAUUAGUGCUGCUGCUUGUGGACAUCCUUUUUGCAGUGCAUGCUGGAGAGCUUACAUGAGCACAUCCAUUGAUGGUGGCCCUGGAUGUUUGGUGUUGAGAUGCCCAGAUCCAUCUUGCAAUGCUACAGUGGGUCAAGAUAUGAUCAAUCUAUUGGCGUCUGAUGACGAUAAGGCGAAGUAUGCUCGUUACCUUCUUCGUUCUUAUAUUGAGGACAAUAGAAAGACCAAGUGGUGUCCUGCCCCAGGUUGUGAGUAUGCUAUUGAAUUUGUUGCUGGUAGUGGAGGCUAUGACGUCUCCUGUCUCUGUUCAUAUGGCUUUUGUUGGAAUUGUACAGAAGAAGCUCAUCGUCCGGUGGACUGUGGCACCGUGGCAAAGUGGAUUAUGAAAAACAGUGCAGAGUCCGAGAACAUGAACUGGAUAUUAGCUAAUUCCAAGCCCUGUCCAAAAUGCAAGCGACCAAUUGAGAAAAACCAAGGUUGUAUGCACAUGACAUGCACACCCCCUUGCAAAUAUGAGUUCUGCUGGCUAUGCCUUGGUGCAUGGUCUGAUCAUGGUGAGAGGACAGGUGGUUUCUAUGCAUGUAACCGCUAUGAGGCAGCUAAGCAAGAGGGAGCGUAUGAUGAAACUGAGAGGAGGAGGGAGAUGGCUAAGAACUCCCUAGAGAGAUAUACUCACUACUAUGAACGAUGGGCAACCAAUCAAUCGUCAAGACAAAAGGCUCUUGCGGAUUUACAUCAAAUGCAAACUGUAUAUCUUGAGAGGAUCAGUGACAAACAAUCUCAACCUGAGUCACAGCUCAAAUUCAUUAUAGAGGCCUGGCUACAGAUAGUUGAAUGUAGGCGAGUCCUAAAAUGGACCUAUGCCUAUGGGUAUUACCUGCCUGAGCAUGAACAUGCUAAGAGACAAUUUUUUGAGUAUUUGCAAGGUGAGGCUGAGGCUGGCUUAGAAAGGCUUCAUCAGUGUGCUGAGAAGGACCUGCAAGGCUAUCUUAAUGCUGAGGGCCCUUCAAAUGAUUUUAAUGAUUUCCGCACGAAGCUGGCUGGACUCACUAGUGUCACUCGCAAUUACUUCGAGAACUUGGUUAGAGCAUUAGAGAAUGGUCUGUCAGAUGUGGAUUCCCAGGGGGCUUGCAGCAAGGCAGCAAGCUCAAAAAAUGGAGUGACUAGCAAGGGUAAAGGUGGGCGAAGCAAAGGAGCUUGCAGAACUACUAGUGGAUCAAGUAAGAAUUUGGAUGAUUCAGGGGGUUGGUCUUGCGACCAGUGCACCUAUUUGAACGUCAGAUCGGCUAUAACAUGUGCAAUGUGCCACCAACGCCGAUGAAAUACAAGGUUGGCUGCCUUUGAGCUUGUGGUUCUCAGUUUGCAGAUUUGCCUCUGGGAGCACAGGGGGGAGCACUAGGGGAUUCCUUCCUGGGCAGGAAAUACUUUGGCUGAUCAUUUUGGCUUGAGUUCUAAAAAGCAGCAUGGAAUGAAGAAGAAGAAGAUUAAAUGAGAAGAGAAAUGAGGAACAAUCAAUCUAUGAUGUGUUUGGCGUUUGUUUUGGUGGAGUAGUAGUAUCAUCAGAUCAUUCAGUGUAUAUAGUUUAAAUUAAUCAAUCAAGUCACUGGUCAAUGCUUAGAACCUUUGCAUCGUGACUUGAAUAUAUAUGCUAAGAAGAUGAAUGAUGAUGGCCGGAGGCAAUGGCAAGUCUUACUCAUUUGUGUUUC